AUGCAACUCCUAUUGCUAUGGUUUCUCGGCCUAGGAUGGCUGCGGUCUGCCUUUGCUGACCUUACCUUCACUUCUCCAUUGUCCUCAUCAGUUUUUACUGCGACGACUGGUAUUACAGUGGCCUGGCAGGGUUCUACGGCCGGUGCUCCCAUCUCCCAACUUGGAGCAACGACGUUCUACCUUUGUUCCGGUUCUACCGCUUCCUCCACGACCUUGAUGACGCUCACGGCAGGAAUUUCUCCCGGAACCACGACUACGUUCACUAGUGGUGAAAUUGACCCUGCUAAGGGACCAAGCGGCAAGUACUAUUUCAUUACUGCCAAGACGACGUACCAGAAUGCUGAUGUGUACUACUACUCUGAUUAUUUCACGAUCAACGGGCUUACUGGUGGAUUCGCUUCGUCUGUCAUUUCAGCAUUGUCGGCUGCUGGCAUGUGGGCCGCAACAUCGACUCUUUCGACGAGUGCUGCUUCCACUAGUACCACCGAUGUCGCCACGACUGCGGAGGCUUCGUCUGUCACGGAGGUUGGCUCGAUGGCUUUGAGUUAAUUUCUUGCUCCUUUGGCCCCACGGGUACUAUGCGUGAUUAUUAUUUAUCGCAGUCCAACUCUAUUGUAUAUGCUCCUAUGCAACCGAAGCCCGGCACCACUUUCACUGCUGCUUCGACGAUUUCUUCUCCGUUGUGGGAUUCAUCCUCAUACACUGUGUACACUACUUUAGUGCCUUGCUCGUACCCGCAUUUCCACCGUAACUCCUGGUUGGUCCUACACAUACACCCUUGUGGUUAAUGACGGAGAAACAGCAUCUGCGCCCACUCACUUGCCAACCGUUACCACUUUUGGCACCUCUACGACACUUACGAACAAGCGUAGAGAUGCCUGGAAUGAUCCCAAUGACCUCCGACGCCGUGCUAUGCGUGUCCCCCUUCACAACAAAGGUUUCUAUAACAGG